AUGGAUGAUUUUACAGAAUUUACAAGGUCCGAUUUGUCCAAAGAGAAGAUCAUUGAUUUAUGGACAACUGAAGCGAACAAUGGCUCAGAAAAGCACCAGCUAUUAUUGGGGUACCAUCACUUGAAACUUGCAGAGUUGAACAUUGAUGCUGAUACUAACACAGAGAAGGCAGUGACCUGGCUAAUUGCUGCUUCCAAACAAGGAAAUGUUGAAGCCACAGAGAAACUAAGACACUGUGUUCAAACAAAUUUUGGUGUGAAUGAACAAAACAAGGCAGUAGUCACAUGGUGUCUGAAUACGUCUGCUUCAGAGAAGAAAAUUCGAUACGCAGCAAAGUCUCUGUUCUACAAAAUUAACACUGCUCAGAAAGGUUUCCUUUCCAAGGAUGAGUACAAAGAAGCCAUAAAUAAGUUGACAGCCGGCCAUGAAAAAGAAAGAAAACUACUACUGGCUGCUGGUAAUAAAAUUGGCAAAGUAAUUUCUGAGAAUGACUUUGUGAAGAUCUUGUCCAAAAAGAUCCAUGGAACUAUGACUCUGACUUCAGCUGAAAUGGAUGAAACAAACGCAGCAUAUGAUUCAGCAGGACUUUUCCAGAAG